CAACAAGAAGAGCAGCGAGCAGCAGCCAGCAGACACAUAGUGAUACGCAGCAGCGACCGUAGGAGGAGAGGGGCAAAAAAAAAAAUACAUAAAACACAGAGCACGACUUUCUGAAAGUACGAUUCUGUCGAGUGAAUACGUUUACAGUGUUUAAAGAGACCAAUGCAUACAAUAUAUUGGCUGUAGACACGCCGGUCUGGUAGCUACAAACAGUAAAAGUGGUGCAAAGGGAGGAGGACAGGAAAUAAAGGAGUUACCUGGAGGGUCUCCGUCAAUCCACAUUUCAGUUGGAGCGCGAGGAAAAGGCACAGAGGGAGAGAGAGAGAAAGAAAAAGGAGAAGAGGAGUGCGAGUCGCGUCUGCUCUAGGCAGCUGUUCCAGCAGCCUGUUUCAUUGUUUCGGCUGUUAUUUCGUUCCUGCGUUACCUUUUUUUGAUGAAUCAGUUCAUAUUUUUAACUUUAAUGUGAGAUAUAACUGCUGUGUAUAUAUAUAAAUAUAUAUAUAUAUAUAUAUUGAAAAAAAAACACAAACAAAAAAAAAAAGAGAGAGAAAACAUUAUUACUAGCAAGAGUGUUUUAUUUUGUUCCAUCGUUAAUUUCCAAGGUUCUUUUCGUUUCUUUUUUAUGUUUAACAACCUUUUUCGGCUGUGAGUAGCAGGAGCUUCCAUUCUCCAAACUAUUGUCAAAACCCCCUUCCUUACCUAGUUAGGACCUGAUAACCUGGUAUUCCUCAAGCACCUGAAACUGGCAGCUAUUCUCUUUGUGUCUGUGUGUUUGGGGAGCUCUGUGACCACAGCUUAAGCACCACUCAGCCUUCUAGUCACCUAAGCCUAACUAAAUCCAGCCAGCUCUAGCCUGGUCCAGCCCAGUCCAGCCUGCUCCGAUCAUCUGGACAGGAUACUCAGUUCUGUGUGGACGUGAGGAAUAUGACUGCUGAGACUCUUAACUUCGGCCCAGAAUGGCUCCGUGCACUGUCCAGUGGGGGGAGUGUGACAUCCCCCCCUCCUUCCCCCGCCAUGCCAAAGUACAAGCUGGCCGAGUAUCGCUACGGCCGAGAGGAGAUGUUAGCACUUUAUAUCAAAGACAACAAGGUCCCAGAGGACAUGCAGGAUAAGGAGUUUGCUACUAUUCUGCAAGAUGAGCCCAUGCAGCCACUGGCACUGGUGCCUCUCACUGAGGAGGAGCAGAGGAACUUCUCCAUGUCUGUGAACAGUGUGGCGGUGCUGAGGCUCAUGGGAAAAGGGGUGGGUGGGGCUGCCCCGGCCGGAGUGGUGCGAGGACGAGGGGCCACACGAGGCGGUCGAGGCCGAGGCCGUGGUGAAGGUGGAUUCUACCAAAGAAGUAUUGAAGAUGCGGAGGUUGGUUUUGGCCGCAGCGUCCGAGAGAUACAUCGCAGCCAGAGCUGGGAUGACCGGGGUGAGCGUCGAUUCGAGAAGCCGCUGCGGCGGGAGGUGGGGCGUCCUGGCUUUGAGGAGACUGGAGGUCCCGGGGGCCCAGGGAGGAAGGAGUUUACAAGGGCUGACAGCGAUAAUUGGCGCACCCUCCGCGAAGAGCAGGAGGAGGAAGAGGGGGAGCCGGGCACCAACUGGAGACUCGCUGGACCCCGCAGGGAUGAUGGUGGUCCUCGCUCAGCAGGCUGGCGGGACCACGGUGGUCCAGGAGAGAGCCGUCGAAGGAAGUUCGAUUUCGACUUCCGGGACUCUGACGGUCAUGGUGGCGGCCGCCGGCGCGCAGGCAGCGAGGGAGUAGAGGAUGACAGGGACGGCCUGCCUGAGUGGUGUACAGAUGAGGAAGAUGGGGAGAUGGGCACUUUUGACUCCUCUGGAGCUUUCAUGCCUAUGAAGAAGAGCGGCAAGGAGACAAUCCUGGAGGAGGAGUUUGAGUUUAAGGGGAUAGAGGAGGAGGAAGAGGAGGAGAGCUUCGCUGACAUGGAGAGGAACAGUGCUGACGGAGGUGAGGACAAAGAGAGUAAAGAAGCCGGCUCUGCUGUCAUUGAUGGAGAGAUAAAGCCAGCAUCACCCUCCACCUCUCCUCCUAUCCACUGUACCCCUCCAUCCCUGGAGCUCCCAGGAGGCCCAGUGGUGGACAACACUCAGCUGAGCAACAGCCACCCUGUUAAGGCUGGCACUACAAUUAGUGAAGACGUGGCUCCGGUAGGGGGCUCCAAGGCCCAGCUGAGCCCCAGCACCUCCACCUCCUCCACUCUGCCUCCCCCACCCCCUUCCUCUGCUGCUCCUCUCCUCCCACUGUCUGGAGGAGACACCGAGGACGACGAGGGCAUGAAGCACCUGCAGCAGGAGGCAGAGAAGAUGGUGGCAUCACUUCAGGACACUUCUUUGGAGGAGGAGUGUUUCACCCAGACUCUGCAGCAGCAGGAGAGCAGGAACACAGCAGCCGCUCUGCCGCUGUCUCACGAGGCUGCCAUGAAGUGGUUCUACAAGGACCCACAGGGAGAGAUCCAGGGUCCAUUCACCACUGUGGAGAUGUGCGAAUGGUUCCAGGCAGGCUACUUCACCAUGACCCUGUUGGUGAAGCGGGGCUGCGACGAGGGCUUCCAACCCCUGGGGGACGUCAUCAAGAUGUGGGGCCGCGUACCGUUCGCCCCGGGGCCCUCCCCGCCGCCCCUGCUGGUGAGACAGCCACCACCAACGCAGCGCCCGCAGCCCACCCGGGGGCCCGCUGGGACUGUGAGUCAGAGCACAGCCAACAUAGAGGAUGGGAAGGGGAGGAUGCAGAGGAGAGGAAAGAUUGAUAGACAGGUCACGGGAAAUCUGGACCAGGAGCGCCUGAAAAAGCAGCAGGAGCUGGCAGCGGCAGCUCUUUAUCAGCAGCUCCAACAGCAGCAGCUAUUCCAGCUCAUUAACAGGUGCAGUGAGCAGGGUAUGAUGCCUUCGAUGAACAGGUCGAUGUCAGUGCCAGAUACAGGGUCCAUGUGGGACAUGCAUACCUCAGCUUCACAGCCGUCAGGCGGUGAAGCCAGUCUUUGGGACAUAACAAUGAAUCCUUCUACUCAGGGUCCAACUCUCGAACAGCUUCAAAAGCUCCAGCAGGAGAGGCGAGACGCUGAACUCAGGGCGAAGCGUGAGGAGGAGGAGCAGCGCAAGAGGAGGGAGGAGAAGAGGAGGCAACAGGAGGAGCAGAAGAGGAGGGAGGAGGAGGAUCUCUUCAGACGCAAGCAGCAAUGUCGUCAGCAGCAGGAACUGAUCAUGAAGUUGCUGCAGCAGGCCCCCCAACAGCAGGGGCCUGGGGCGAGCAGCUCAAGCUGGAGCGGUGCUUCCUCCUCCGGCCUCACCAAGUCAGGAAAGCCCCAGGCUCUGGCUCUGCUGGAAAUGCAGCAGGAGGCCGAAAGACUGCUGAAACAGCAGCAGCAACAACAGAGAGCCCAGCAGCAGAGAGAACGCCACUCCGGCAUGUCGAUGGGGAGUUCUUCCAUGGGAGGGCAGUGGGCGGAUGGCGUCGGCAUGUGGGGCGGUCCUGGAGGCAUGGAGGGUAAGGGUGGCAGCGGAAGCUCUUCAGGCAGCAUGGGCAUGUGGGACGAGGCCGUGAAGAACCAGGCCAGCCUGCGUGGCAACAGCAACAACAACAUGGGUUUGAAGAGCAGCCGCAGCAGCCCAUCACUCAGUGAUCAGUACAUGAUGCGUCGGAAGCGGACGGAGGAGGAGGAGAAGCUGCUGAAGCUGUUGCAGGGCAUGAAGCCUCAGGACGGCUUCACCACCUGGUGUGAACAGAUGCUGCACGCUCUCAACACCUCUGCCAACAACUCCUCUUCCUCUCUGGAUGUUGCAACAAUUGUGGCAUACCUGAAGGAGGUGGAGUCUCCCUAUGCAGUGCUGGACUUCAUCCGGUCCUACCUAGGGGACACAGUGGAAGCCAAAGAGUUCGCCAAACAGUUUCUGGAGCGACGUGCCAAACAGAAAGCCAACCAACAGAGACAGCAGCAGCAGUUAUCAAAGGAAGUGGCUGGAUUGAACAUGAACUUCCCUCUGCAGGACUCAAUGCGAGGUAUGAAUCCAAGCACCCUGCAGUCCAUGUUUCAAGCCAACCACAUGGGCAAGGCUGGUCUCUAUGACAACCAGGGGGGAAAGAUGAAGAAGAAACAGCCCAUGAUGCUGCACUCUGACCCCAGCAUCUUAGGGUACUCAUUCCACAACGCGGGCGACUGUCUGAGCCUGAAUGAGAUGGAGAUGGUGGAGGAUUACUGAUGUGACGCAGCGCAGCAGCAAUAGCUACCUGAGGCCUUCUGUCUUUUAAUCAGACAAACCUGAUGACGAAUGUGCACUGCUGGGGGAAACGGGG